GAUUCUAAUGCAGGUGUUUUGUAUGUUUCAGUGGUCGAAGGAUUAGCUCUGCUGGAUUUAGGGGUCUCACCGUAUUCUGGAGCUAUUUUUCAUGAGACCCCACUGAUAAUAUAUCUCUUCCAUUUCCUGAUCGAAUACGCUGAAUUGGUGUUCAUGAUAACUGAUGUGCUAACUGCUGUUGCCCUUUACUUGGCCAUUCAGGACUUCAACAAAGUUGUGUUCAAAAAGCAAAAGCUCCUAAUAGAGCUGGAUAAAUAUGCACCAGAUGUGGUUGAACUCAUCCGGACACCCAUGGAAAUGCACUACAUCCCCCUCAAGGUAGCACUAUUCUAUCUGUUAAACCCCUACACUGUGAUGUCUUGUGUGGCAAAGUCUACCUGUGCCAUCAACAAUACCAUCAUUGCAUUCUUCAUUUUAGCUACAAUAAAAGGUAGUGCCUUCCUCAGUGCUGUGUUCCUGGCCUUAGCAACAUACCAGUCACUCUACCCUCUCACAUUGUUUGCUCCUGCUCUCCUUUACCUUCUACAGCGUCAGUUCAUACCAAUAAAACUGAAAAGUAAAAGCUUCUGGCUCUACACCAUGCAGUAUGCAGCCCUGUACCUGUGUAGCCUAGUGGUCAUCAUCUGCCUCUCCUUCUUCCUCCUCAACUCCUGGGAUUUUAUUCCAUCUGUCUACGGGUUUAUCCUUUCUGUUCCAGAUCUGACACCCAAUAUUGGCCUUUUCUGGUACUUCUUUGCAGAAAUGUUUGAACAUUUUAGUCUUUUCUUUGUAUGCGUGUUUCAAAUCAACGUGUUCUUCUACACCAUUCCCCUGGCAAUAAAGCUAAAGGAACACCCAGUGUUCUUCAUGUUUGUCCAGAUAGCAAUCAUUUCUAUCUUCAAGUCUUAUCCCACUGUGGGAGAUGUUGCACUGUACAUGGCCUUCCUUCCAGUCUGGAGUCACCUUUACAGAU